AUGAUCGUGCUCACGGGGUCAAUCCACGUUCGGGGACAAGAUCCGUUGAAGUUGGAUUCCGGCUCAGUUUUCAGAAAACGGGAUCUGAUACGCCGCAUAUUCUUGACGAUAAUUGGCUUGAAACAAGCGAUGGCCUAUGGUUCGUCACGAGUAUUCGAAAAGUCGUCAGAUGGUUCUGGCGGAGAACGUCGUCAAGGUCUUCGCAUCGAUAAUGUGUUCCGAACGUACUUUGGUUGGGUUAUGUUACCACUGGCACUACUCGGAGCUCUACUCGUUUCGCUAUUCAUACUGGCAACAUACCGGGCCAUCAAAGUUCGAGUGGUCAGUCGGAAAUGCUACAUUCUGUUGUUAAACAGAGCAAUUGGCGACCUGAUUUCUUGUAUCGUCGCUUUGAUUGUCUGUGCUUACGUGUUACUUUGGCACGAAAUAAACCGUGAUAUGGUCAUUUUACUGGAGUCAUUCUUCAUAGGAUCAUUUUGGUCAGCGAUGAUUUCCUAUGUUGCUCUCUCAGUGCUUAAGUUGUUUGCUGUAUGGAAGCCAUUCCACUACCGAAAAUGGUUCACUAUGAAACGUUGCAUCAACUUGAUCAUUUUCAGGUAG